GCUCUGAUUAUCACACCAAGAGUAGCUCUUCGACGAAUCCGUAUGCUAACGGGUAAUGUUUCGGAGAUUCCGUCCGAUAACGGGUAAUUUCGGGGCCGAUUCCGAGACCUAACGGAAUACCCUAGGCUCUAGGCUUAGCGAGAGCCCUGUUCAGAAGCUUGAAUGCCUGACUGAAAAAAUAAUAUACUUUCCUCCAUGGCUGCCAGCGUUUGUAUCGUCAACUCUACGUGGGCGACUCGCAAUCACAAUGUUUACCAACUCCUCAUGGCCGAAAGCGGCUUCAGAACCAAGGAAUCAAAGAUAUUACCAGACAUCAUUGUCAAUUCAGGCGGAAUGUCCAUAGCAUUUAUGGUUGGAAGCUUCCAAAGAGCAGAAGACGAGCUCUGGCAAAAGAGAUUCAAAGUCGGACAGAUGUUUAAGCACUCUUACGGCUUGUGCAUCUGUCCAAGUUCUCAAGACAGUGGUGAAUUCGCUCGCCUGUACUGCCAGUAAGGCGCACUGACAGUCUGACACUCGUCUGGCUUUAUUUACCAGACCUAACCUGUCAUGGUCGCAGAUACAAUCAAGGUUUCGUGAAGCCUCCUAUAAUUGAGGUACUUGACGAAAGAUCUGCGGUGGAAAAACUCUUGAGGAUGGUCCACGUUCUUUCAGGUAUGCGCAGCUGUUGUUAUCUUGCAUGUCGUAGCCGUUGGAUUGGGCUAACCAUGACUAACCUGCAGAGGCCAAGAAGCAGCAGACUGCCUCACUUCUUAACGACGAGGUAUGGUACUUGAAUCAUUGUGCUCUUGAAAUCGAACUUGGUUCUGCUCAUUAUAGAUCAUGCCGAUCGUUCCUAAACCCUGACAAGCUACAUCUAUUCUACAGAGGACCGAGUUUGUGCAAUCAUCAGAAGCCAUCAUUGCACCUUUGCUUACCAUACCCAGCUUGGCCCAUCACGAAGCUCAGAUGGUAUGAACUUCCAUGCAGUCCUACAAACUAUCUAUUUGCCGUGUGCUUUCUACUAAGCUUCAACUUUGGUUGCAGCUUCUUUCGAGCUUUGGUUCCAUAGAUGCUGUGGCAUCUGCAAGUUCCAGCAAAAUGGCUGGGGCGACAGGGAUUUCUUUACAUAAAGCUGAAGCUGUGUCCAGCUUCUUCCGGGAUACGUGACCAUUGACCAUAGCCUGCUAGGCUGGAGUCGAAACAGUAGCUCUACACCACCGUCUAGUGGAAAAUGAAGUACUUGGUAUUUGAGUAAGGAAGUUUUUGUGAUAUAUACCCGUCAUGCUAGGACACAGCGUCG